AUGGCGUCCCUUCUCCUUAAUCUGCUGCUGCUGCCCGUCGCACUCCCCGCGGCGGCGGCGGUCCGCCCAAUGCGUGAAGAUCUACGCGAUCCUCAACCACAACCCCACCAACUCCUGGGAAUUUACCCUCCACUAAAGGGACAUCUCCCUCCAAGAGAAGAUCUAGUGCGCACCUCCUUCAUCGACCCUAGGAAUGUUUGA